AUGGUGAACAUUACAGAAAAGAUUAAGGAGAUCGAGGAUGAGAUGCGUCGGACGCAGAAGAACAAGGCCACAGAAUACCAUUUGGGUCUAUUGAAAGGAAAGCUUGCCCGACUAAGAGCCCAGCUUUUGGAGCCAGUAGGAGGUGCUGGCUCUGGCGGCGGUGCGGGAUUCGAUGUCAGCAAGAGCGGCGAUGCACGAGUGGCUCUUGUUGGCUUUCCCUCUGUCGGAAAGUCCACAUUUUUGUCUAAAAUCACCAAGACCAAAAGUGAGGCUGCAGCCUACUCUUUCACCACGCUGACGGCUAUCCCCGGAGUGCUGGAGUAUGGUGGUGCUGAGAUUCAGAUCUUGGAUUUGCCAGGUAUUAUCGAAGGUGCCUCCGAGGGCAAAGGCCGUGGUCGCCAGGUCAUUUCGGCUGCCAAGACAAGUGAUUUGAUCUUGAUGAUUUUGGACGCCACAAAGCGUGCCGAACAGCGAGCUUUGCUCGAGGCUGAACUGGAUGCCGUGGGCAUUCGGCUGAACAAGGAGCCACCUAAUAUCUACUUGAAAAUCAAGAAGGCCGGUGGCAUGAAGAUCUCUUUUGCGACUCCCCCAAAGAGCUUGGACGAAAAGAUGGUUUACAACGUGCUCCGUGAUUACAAAAUUCUUAACUGCGAAGUACUCGUGCGAGAUGAGAAUGCUACAAUCGAUGACUUUAUCGAUGUUAUUAUGAAGGACCACCGGAAGUACAUCCGCUGUCUUUACGUCUACAACAAGGUUGACAGCAUCGGCCUCGAAUUCCUUGAUGCCCUUGCCCGCGAGCCUUACACGGCCGUCAUGAGUUGUGAACUUGACCUCGGCGUGCAAGACGUCGUUGAACGCAUCUGGAAGGAACUGAGACUAAUGCGACUUUACACAAAAAGAAAGGGAGAAGACCCUAAAUUCGAUGAGGCGCUCAUCGUACGCAAGGACUCCACCAUUGAGGAUGUUUGUGACCAGAUUCAUCGCACAAUUAAGGACACAUUCAAGUAUGCGAUGGUUUGGGGAGCGAGCGCAAGACAUGUUCCGCAGCGGGUAGGAUUGUCGCAUAUGGUUGCUGAUGAAGAUGUGGUAUCCAUAGUGGCUAAGUAG